GUAGGCGAGGAGUCACGGUCAGCGUGGAUACUUAGAGCUUUGAAAUUCCAAUUUGCCCCCGAGGCGUGUGUAGCUGAGGUUUAAAUUGCUGAACGAAGUGAGCAGUCUUGCUGUUGCUUCAGCACACCCUCUUAAGUGUCUCCCUUCUGACUUGCGCCGGCACAGCGGCCAAGUCGACUGGCCGUGGCGAGACUAGCCUGUGGCUGAGGUGAUCUGAGGGAGCGUGAGAGCACGCCAUGUUCGUCCCCUGCUCGGGAUGGGGGCUGGGCUGCCUCCGGCUCUGUCUGCUCCGAGUGUGGGCCAGCGAGGUCGCGGGGCGCUGUGCGUGCGGGGCCUGUCAGGCCCGGCUGUACGGCUCAGGUGGGUCCCAGCCCGACGUCUCUCGGUCUGGUCCCGCGCACCGGACUCUGAAGGAGUGGGCACUUCUGGUGAGCCCUUUCGGCCGGCUGCGGACGCGGCUCCCGUGCUCCCUAGCCGUGAGGCCCUUGGACCCUCUCACCUACCCGGAUGGCGACCGCGUGCUGGUGGCGGUGAGCGGAGUGGAGGGUGGGGCCGUGGCCAGCUUGCAGGUGAGGUACGACGAGGCGCAGAAGGAGGUGGCCAUCGUGUCUGACGUCAUCGACCCCCAGGCGUCCGUGGAAGUGAACGCGCCCCUGAAGUUUGAUUUGAAUAUCAAGUCAUCAGGGUCUGGCUGUGUAAAAGUCCAAAAUAUUGAGUGUGAUAAUUGCAAAAUUGAAACUGAACAGGGGACCAGCAUCUUACAGUCAGUUAAGAGUCAAAAAUUACAUAUUCAAACAAAAGGAGGUAAAGUGAUCUGCCUGGGAACAGUUUAUGGAAAUAUAGAUAUUCAUGCAUCAGAUAAAAGUACUGUGACCGUAGAUAAACUGCAGGGAAGUUCUGUUAAUGUAUCUACUGAAGAUGGUUUGCUGAAAGCCAAGUGUCUUUACACAGAAUCAUCAUUUCUAUCUUCUGCUGCUGGGGAUAUUACAUUAGGAAGUGUUCAUGGUAAUAUAACAUUACAAAGCAAGAUGGGUAACAUCACAGUAGAUUCGUCUUCUGGAUGUCUAAGUGCCUCGACUUAUCAGGGUGCCAUAGAUGUUUAUGUCAGCCAACUGGGAAAAGUGGAAUUGAAAUCCCAUAAAGGAUCUGUUCUUGUCAAGGUUGCAUCUUCUCUUCAAGCUUAUUUACAGUUAUCAGGGAAAGAGAUUGAUGUGAACUCAGAAGUCCAUGUUGAAGAAAUGGAUGAAGCUCAUAAAGAUGACGGUAUAAUAAUUACUGGCCUCCUGAAUCAAGCAAGCAAACAUGAAAAAUGGAUUAAGGCUGAUGCUCCAAAAGGCACUGUAAGCUUUAGAAGCCAAAGCUGGUUUCAGUCCCUGAAACUGCAGGACUGAGAAUGGUUUGAGUUAUGUUUCUAAAUUUUAACGAUUAGUAGAUCUGUGACUACAAAAACUCAAAUACCACUGUUCAUAUAAAUGUUGAAAACAAUAAAUUGGGAUGUCUUGGGGCAGCCUUUUCAAAAUUUGUA